AAGGAAAGUGUCGAACUUGGUGUGGUGCUGAGAGACAGCAACAGCAGCAAGUGUGUACUCUGUAUUCUUCUCCAUCGUUUCUUCCAUGGAUAUCCGUCCUGCUUGUACUCGAAGUGCCCGCAGGUUCCGCCUAUAUGAAACACCAUCGCAAUAACUUAUUGCUCCCUCCAGCGUCUACUACAGAACUAGACCGAACGGGUAUUUCGGCGACUACUAGUAGCCUCUAGCUACAUCUAUCUAUUGAAGUCCCCAGCCUACUACUCAACGAGUCGCGAGUACUAAUCUCUAGCUUCUGUGCGGUCAAUCGGCAGCGAGGCGGAUACUACUAUCCCCGAAAAUGAGAGGUGGAAUAUACAUCGAGUGAUACGUGACAAGAAAACUGCUUGCAUAUCAUGUCAUUUUCGCUCGGAAAUCUGCUAUGCAUAUAACCAGCCGUGAACCAUUUACAUCGCAGAACGAAGCCGCAUAGUAGCUCGUAUAACGUGCAGGGCCCGUAGUAGUAGUUCUACUGGUACCACUGCGACGUACGCAGUGUAGCAGCGGCCUGCCUGAGGCACGUCCAUUCGCCACCUGGCCGGCGUUGUCCACCAUGUCAUGUUCGGCGAGGCGCCUGAUGAUGUUCCUCCAGGGUAUUUGUCUCGAGCCAACGGGCGAGUAAACACUUCUUACUAGAACGCGUACUGUCUACUUAACGCUGUACUACGUUGUACAACAACGCACCGGGGUUUCUACCCGUGGCCUCCGCAACGAAGGUACUACUAGUGCGCGCCGGGCGACCAGACGAUUCCACGUCAGAGCCUGCUAGAGACGGGACGGCAAAAGGUCGAGCUGCUGCGACGACUCAGAAAUUGAUGGGUAAUUGCCUAAGAACGAGCCACAGUAACGCGCCGAUCGUUUCCAAGCCCUCUGCGGAAAAGUCGCCGCUCAACUUGAAGGGCCUCGAGUCGUCGAUUCAAAAGGCUUCUUCAUCCCCUUCCGCCGGCGGCGAAGACAGAGCUCCGCUUGGAUCAGCUGAGGCGCCUGGACCCGGUCCGGUCUCUUCCGCCUCCCUUCCCCCAGCUGCAGCCGCCGCGGGGACCGCUACUAGUAGCGCUUCCACCGUUUCUCCGCCCGCGGCAAGCGCGUCCCCCGAGUCGGCAGAAGUAGAAAAAUCCGCGAGGCCCGAGGGUCCUAGUAAAGCGCAGGUUUCCGCGCAAGUUGCGCCCGCGCUUCCCCCUGAUUCAUCCGGGCAGUCCGUGAAAGAAUUUUCUCAAGGAGGGGACCAUGGCGUUGGCGGGGAGGUGGCUGGCGCGGGCAUGGACGGCGGAACGGGGGGCUGGGCGGCGAAAUUGGCGGAGCCAGGCGGAGUGAGGAAGGGUUCCGCCAAGGUGCUUCCGCCCACGCCCAUGUUCGCGCAUCUGGGGAACGUGCGGAAAGCGGGAAGCGGAGCGGCGCACGCGGGGGCGAAGGCACAGGCGCACGCGCUUAAGCCCGCGCGGAACGGGUCGGCCGCGCGGAACGAAGAGGGGGACAGCGGGGGAAGCGGAAGAGAAUCGGGCAGACUGUGGGGAUUCCGGGGCUCCGCGGGCGGAAGUAGCGGAUCGGGCAGGGGCAUGGGCGCAGCAGCAGCAGGGGCGGUGGCGCAAGCGCGGGACGUGUGCUCGCUGCACGCGGGGCGCCCCCUGGCGAUGAUGGGUGCGGGGGAUAGAAGCAUAGGCGGAGGGGGGAGUGCGGGCGGAAGGGGACCCGCGGCCGGGGCGGGGAGCAAGGCGAGCAGGCGGAGCUUGACAGCAGCGCAGAUAUCCGAACAGGCGAGCGCCCUGCGCGGCAGUCGCAGCAUGUGCGAGCUGCUGCGCGUGCAGCAGCGGGGCAAGGGCCGCCACCUGCUCGUCAUGGCGCACGGCUUUGGUGCCAACCACACUCAAUGGAUGGAUGUGGUGGAGCUCGUGAGUCCGCACCGCUUCACAGUGUUGCUCUUCGACUUCAUUGGCGCACACGGGUCGAAGUACGACCUGUUUGACCCGGUGCGCUACGCGUCGCUCAAGGGCUUUGCUGAUGACGUGGCUCUGCUGCUGGACGAGCUGGGCAUUCAGGCCUCCUCCUCCGCGUGGCAGGAGGUGACGUUCAUCGGGUACCAGCAGGCGGGCAUAGUGGGGUUGCUGCUCGCACUGCAGCGCCCAGACCUCGUUCACAGAGUCAUCACACUCGCUGCCUCACCCAGGCUGCUAUCGGCCGUGGGGUAUGCGAGUGGCUUCGAGCUGCAGGACCUGGACCAGGUGUUUGGCGUCAUGCAGUCCAACUAUGCGAUGUGGGCGUCGGGCUGCAUGCCGGUGCUGACAGCUGACGACAUCCGGCUGCCGCACGUGCGCGACUUCACCCGCCCGCUCUUCUCCCUGCGCCCCGACGUCGCCUUCGCGCUGCUUAAAACCACCUUUGCAUGCGACGUGCGCGCGGUUCUGAAAGAGGUCCUAGUGCAGACCCAUAUGCUGCUGAUCGCACUCGACCCCACGGUACCGCAGUCCACCGCACAGCACAUGCUUGCAUCCAUCCCCAACUCGUACGCGGAGAUACUAGCUGUCACCUCGCUGCACGUGCGGCCAGAUGUCGUCGCCACAAGCAUCCUGCGCCACAUCAGCAUGCCGCUGCGGGACGCCCUCAGCCUCUCGUGCCGCCAGACUGUCAGCAGGCGAUUCGCCAUCCCUUCGUCCAUGCUGCCGCCGGCCAGAGUGGUGGAAGAGGAGACGUGGGACUGAGGGGGUUCGCAGACGGCUCAAAAUCAAGUCUUGAGCAUUUUUAAAGGUUUAGAUUCGCCAUCCCUUCGUCGUGCUGCCCCCCUGGCGGAAGUGGUGGAAGAGAGGGGCUGGAGAGAACGGAGAGGGAAGGUGUGUUUGCAAGGGGUAACCUCUCUGCCAGCCCUUGGUUUACCUGUGCCGAGAGCAAGAAAGUGACGGAUGGCACACAGGCGGGUGAGAGUGAGGGGGAGUGGGAGUGGGGAUGGGAUGUGAGGGGGAGUGAGGGGGAGUGGGCGUGAGGGGGUGGGAGAAGGCGGAGUGGGAGUGAGGGGAUGGGAUGGAGAUGGAGUGGGGAUGAGGGGGUGAGGCUAAGACGGAGUGGGAGUCUGGGGCUAGCCGCUAGCUCUGAGAGGGAGUGGCGGGGCCUAUUAGGGCCCUGAGGGGGGCUGGGCAAUGGACUCAUGGUGGAGCAGACAAAGUGUAUGGCUUUAAAACCACAAGCUAAAAAAGCACACCUGGGGCUCACCUGAAAGUUGUUUUUUUUUGGGUUGCAGAGCAACCUACUGCAAUCGAUCAGACCAAUUUUUUUUUUUCA